AUACUACACCUACCCACCACCUUGGCAUUUGAUUCGGUGGGAAGACGUAAGAGAAGAAGAAGAUGAACGUGGAUCUGGAAUCCUUGGCCGAGGCCACUUCUGGAGCUAUAGGAUCAUUGCUCAGUUCUACAAUUCUCUACCCGCUUGAUACCUGCAAGACUAAGUAUCAAGCCGAGGCACGUUCUCAUGGUAAUCGAAAGUACAAGAAUCUCUCUGAUGUGUUAUGGGAGGCAGUAUCUAAGGGUCAGGUGCUUUCCCUUUACCAAGGCCUUGGAACAAAGAAUCUUCAAUCCUUCAUUUCACAGUUUAUCUACUUCUAUGGCUACAGUUACUUUAAAAGGCUGUACCUGGAAAAAAGUGGAUAUAGAUCCAUUGGAACAAGAGCAAACUUGUUAAUCGCCGCUGCUGCUGGGGCUGUCACAGCCAUUACAACUCAGCCCCUGGAUACAGCCUCUUCAAGGAUGCAGACAAGUGCCUUUGGAAAGUCUAAAGGACUAUUAAAAACCCUUACAGAAGGCUCAUGGAGUGAUAUAUUUGAUGGCCUUAGCAUUUCUUUGCUUCUGACCACAAACCCUGCAAUUCAGUAUACAGUGUUUGAUCAGCUGAAACAGCGAGUACUGAAGAAUAAACAAAAAACCGCUGAUAAAAGAGUAUCUCCAGCAUCGCUAUCUGCGUUUAUGGCCUUUCUUUUAGGUGCAAUUUCGAAGAGUAUUGCUACCUGUCUAACAUAUCCUGCCAUCAGGUGCAAAGUCAUCAUUCAAGCUGCAGAAGCGGAUGAAGAAACUUCCGGAAAAAAAAUUAGAACACCGAAAACUGUGUCCAGUGUUCUCUACGGAAUAUGGCAAAGGGAGGGCAUUUUGGGCUAUUUUAAAGGAUUACAUGCUCAGAUAUUGAAAACUGUUUUGAGCUCGGCACUGCUCUUGAUGAUCAAGGAAAAGAUCUCCGCCACUACCUGGGUUCUCAUUCUUGCAAUUAAACGGUAUCUCUUACUCCCAAAGGGCAGGGUUAAGAACUUGUAAGUUUUACAGAGGAAGAAGGUUCUACGCAUUUUCGAUAAUGGAUUUGGUUGGAAUGCAAUGUGUUCGUUUUAACGGAUACAUCAAUUUCUUCAGAGCUGAGACAAGGUUCUUUUUCUGGCUUCGCUUUGGUCCUAUACCCUUCACUAAUUGGUGUAGAACAACUUGUCCAUGAAUUUACGCAAACAAUAGACAUAGCUAGAUUGGAAGUCUUUUAACAAUAAAUGCAUUUGAGAUUUGAUUUGUUACAUUGCAGACACGAAAUAACGAAUGUCAUUCCUUAGUUUGUUUAUAGUUGGUAUUUUUAUAUGCUGUGGAAAUCCUACAUCAGAAGGAUAUAAGUUAAGAUUAGCUUAAGUGCUUGAUAAAUAAAAUAAGCACUAUUUGAUGUAGUAGCUUCAGUUCCAAGUUAAUAAAGUUUGUUAUUGUUCUGUA